UACGUACUAAAGAUUAAAUAAUAAUAAAAAAAUUCUGAUAAAAAUACAGAAUGUCUCUGAAAGAAGAGCCAGCUAGCCCCACUGCUCGAUUGAUGCAGGCACCCUCCUUCAACCUCUGCAUUUUAGCACUUUUGGGUUAUUCCACCAAGAUCGACGUCAACUUGUUCAAGAAAUGUUUAGAGAGAACUCUUUUGAAACACCCUCGUUUCUCGAGUCUUCUCGUUGUGAACGACAAGAAGCGUGGGAAAUGUUCGUGGAGACGGACAAGGGUGGAUUUGGAGAACCAUGUUUAUGUGCCGGAUUUGGAUCCGGACAUGGAAAACCCUGACGAGUUCGUGGAGGAUUUCACGUCGGGGCUGUCGAGGAUCCCCCUGGACUACGCGAAGCCGCUGUGGGAAGUCCACAUUCUCAAUGUGAAAACCUCGGAUGCAAAUUCCGUGGUGAUAUUCAAGAUUCAUCACUCGAUGGGCGACGGGGUGUCGAUGAUUUCCCUGGUGCUGGCCUGCUCCAAGAAGCUGUCUGAUCCUGAAUCUCUGCCUGUUAUGCCGUCAAAGAAACAGAAACAGAAACCCUCUGGCGUUGGGGGGUUGAUGAAGAGGUGGUUUGUCUCGGUUUGGAUCAUUCUCGUGGUUAUUUUCAACACGUUGAUUGACUCGGCGUUGUUCUUGGCGACGAUUUUGUUUCUGGAAGACAGCAAGACUCCGAUCAAGGGAGGAGGAAGGGUCGAUGGAGGUCCCAAGCGGUUCGUGCACAGGAUUGUUAGUCUUGACGACGUUAAGCUUGUCAAGAAUGCAAUGAAUGUGAGCAUCAAUGAUGUAGUACUAGGUGUAACAGAAGCUGGCCUCACUCGUUAUCUCAAGACGACAUACGACACUGAACAAAAACACAGAGAAAAUGGUGCACAUGUCAUGAAGAAGACAAGGGCUUUACCUAGACAUCUUCGUCUUAGAUCAGCUGUUGUUUUUAACCUUAGGUCAACACCUGCUAUUCAGGACUUGGCUGAAAUCAUGGAGAAGGAGAAGGAGUUAAAUGGAAUGUGGGGCAAUUUAGUAGCCAUUGUGCUUCUUCCCAUGACCAUCGCUCUGCAAGAUGACCCUUUAAGUUACGUGCGAAGAGCCAAGGCGACCAUGAACCGCAAGAAGCUCUCACUUGAAUCUAAAUUCGUAUUCACCGCACUCAAGCUAUUGAUUAAGUUAUUUGGAAUCAAGACGGCAGCUGCAGUGACAAGUGCUGUAUUUCGGAAUACUACGUUUGGUUUCUCGAAUGUGGCCGGCCCACAAGACGAGAUCAGUUUGUUUGGUCACCCCUUGUGUUACAUUGCUCCUUCUGUUCAUGGCUUCCCUCAUGCAUUGAUCAUCCAUUGCCAGACCUAUGCUAAUAAGUUGAUCAUAUGCUUAGCAGCCGACGAGAACUUGAUUCCCAAUCCUCAUCAACUUUGUGAUGAUCUGCAGCAGUCCCUCCAAAUUAUUAAGGAAACUGUGAUAAAAAGAGGGCUUGUAAAGGGCCCUCCACUUUGCGAAUCUGUCUAGUUCUCAAUGUCUGAUGAUCAUUUAUUUUCUGUUAAAUUUAAUGAGGACGCUAAUGUUUCGUACUUUUGCAGCUCCAACCCUUUGUCUCAAUUCAUACAUAAACACAUUGUCUGAAGA